ACUGGAGGAGGGGGUGAGGGUGGCAGGGCCACUCCCGGCCACGUCCCCAAGCAGGCCCGGUGCCCCCUCCUCCUGCGGCCGCCGGGGGCUGCUCCGCCCUGGUCGGAGUCUCCGCCAGAUGUGGUAGGGCCAGCUAAAAAUAACCGUGGCGGCAGGAGGGGGCAUGUGCCGGGCGCGGACACAUGAUCCCUGGGACCCCGCUGGGUGGAAGCCGGUCUGGCGGCGGCCACGGCCCCGGCACACACUCGCAGGCCCCGGGCGACAGGGGUCCGAGCUCCAGGCACACCCGUCCCCGGCCCUGCCAUGAGCAGCCGCCGCGGGAGGAAGGGCCUCUGGGCUCUGUGCUUCCUGCUGCUUCUCCAAGCCGCCUUUGCCAACACCCUGUGGAAACGGGCGCUGCACGCGCGCCUGGCCGAGCAGUCCCUUGCUGAGGAGGGGGGUGCUGGUGGCCUCCGGCAGCCCCGCGCCGACCGCUGUCCCCCACCGCCGCGGACGCUGCCCCCUGGUGCCUGCCAGGCCGCGCGCUGCCAGGCCGACUCCGAGUGCCCACGGCACCGACGCUGUUGCUACAACGGCUGCGCCUACGCCUGCCUGGAGGCCGUGCCGCCCCCACCAGUUUUAGACUGGUUGGUGCAGCCGAAACCCCGAUGGCUUGGUGGCAAUGGCUGGCUCCUGGACGGCCCCGAGGAGGUACUCCAAGCUGAGGCCUGCAGUACCACGGAGGACGGCGCGGAGCCACUGCUCUGUCCCUCGGGCUACGAGUGCCACAUCCUGAGCCCGGGGGACGUGGCCGAAGGGAUCCCCAACCGCGGGCAGUGCGUCAAGCAGCGCAGACCGGCAGAUGGGCGAUUCCUGCGCCACAGAUUCUACAAGGAGUACCCAGAGGGCGACUCGAAGAACGUGGCGGAGGCUGGCGGGCGGCUGCUGGGGCGUUUCCAGUAAGCCAGCGACAGGCAGCCCGUUCCCAGGAACAUUCUAGAAGCCUCGGAAGCAGCUGGGGAACACUGAACCCCAGAGGUCCUCCUUUCUCAGCAGAGCAUGGCCACAGGGUCCCCGAGACAGGCGCUACUCCCCUCCCAGCUUGGCCCUGCCUGGCCUCCGGGCCCUGUGUCACCAUCACGGACACAAAGCCUGUGGCCCAGCCAGUCUCCACCCCGGGAAGAAGCAGCCCCUGGGGCGGGGUCUACAAAGCCUUCUCUGAGUUUUAAGCAGAUGUCUUCCAGGCCGGGCUCUGGGAGGCCUCGCCCCCACCCCAGAUGUUCUCUGAAUAAACACGUCCAUCAUCAGACGGACAUGGACCCUCCCCCACUCA